UGCCGUAGACUCCAUCGCCGACAAAUAAAAAUCCCCAAUGGUGCAUAUCUGUUGAUAUUCGCCUGCUUUUUCAAGCCUAAUAAUAAUUAACCCGGAAGAAUUCUCCUCUGACUUGAGGAAGCUCUGUCGCCCAGAAACAUUCGUUUACCUUUCUCUCUUCUCCCUCCCUCAACCUUUUUCUUUUCUUUCUCUUUCUCUCUCUUCCUCAUCUCUUCAUCUCUUCCUCAUCUCUUCCUCAAAUUCUCUCGAGGGACCCUCCACUCUUUCCUCUUCCUCUUUCCUCUUCCCUCUUCCCUCUUCUGUGGACAAUUGAUCUCCUAGAGGCAGUGUCCAAAAGGCAUCGUCGCCUUCCUUUCCCUACACUACCUUACCGUGGGCAUUUUACACUGUUCUGUUUCUCCCACUACAGAAAGAAGAAUCCAGUUCAAUUAGUCCAAGAAGCGAAACGCUCUUUGUGAACGUGUUUCUUUUGAAUAUGGCUUUCCCAUUUAUGAGAGCAUUUCUCGCUCUUUUCGUCUAUCGUUAUUUCCGCCUGGUUGUGAACCUCUUCUCUUUCUGGACUUUCAAGCCCAUUCCUCCACCGGAUAACCCGAAAUUGACGGCGCAGGAUGUCACAGUGAUUCUCCCAACCUUAGAGGGUUGUGGUGAUGAAUUAGUUGAGACAAUCAGAACCAUUCUCGAAAACCGACCUCGUGAGCUUCUACUGGUGACCAUUGAGGCAAAUCGAAAGAAGGCCCAAAACAUGCUGGAUGCGAUGCCAGCGUCAAAAUCGAGGAUCCGUCUCUUUACAGUCACGCACCCCAAUAAGCGACGUCAAAUGACUCGGGCCAUUCCAGAAGUUCAAACUGCGAUCACAAUCUUUGCCGAUGAUGAUGUGAGCUGGCCACACACCCUGCUCCCUUGGAUCUUGGCACCCUUUGAGAAAGAUGAGAGAUAUGGAGGUGUGGUCACCUGCCAACGACUGCGUCGUGCAGUUAACCCGACAUUGCCACAGCGUGUCUGGGGCUUUCUGGGAGCUUUGUACUUGGAGAGAAGAAACUUCGACUGUGCAGCUACGACCCAUUUGGAUGGUGGGCUCCCUUGCAUGUCAGGACGAACUGUGGCAUACAGGACCGGGAUUCUUCAAGAUGAAGGCUUCACCUAUGCGUUCACAAACGAAGAAUGGUGGUUUGGUAAAUACCAGCUUAAUGCAGAUGACGACAACUUCAUUACCCGCUGGAUGGUGAACCACGGUUGGGAGACCUUCAUGCAGUACCACCCUGAAGCCGAAGUUCAGACCACUCUGGAAGACAACAACAAAUUCCUGAAGCAAUGUGCGCGAUGGUCUCGAAGCAACUGGAGGAGCAACCUUACCAGUAUGUUUCACGAAAAAACCAUUUGGCACCGCCAGCCUUGGAGCGCGUAUGCCGUCCAUAUGACAACGCUAUCGCCCCCGGCUCUCUUGGGCGAUGUGUUGCUCCUUUUAUUAUGUCACAAAGCCACUGUGUCUUGGAGCGAUGAUUCACAUGCUUUGGCGAUGCAAGCUCUUGGGGUGUGGAUGUUUAUUAGCAAGUUCAUCAAACUUCUGGGCCACUACAUCCGCUACCCGGUGGAUGUCUUGCUGUUGCCCGUGUCCAUUCUCUUUGGUUAUUUCCACGGAGGAAUCAAGAUGUACGCAGUGCUGACUCUCAAUGUGACUACAUGGGGUAGCCGAGAUGGUGCCGAUGAUUAUGACGCGGAGCGCAUGAAGAAACGAACAGACAUCGACCGGAUGAAGCGACCUUACUACCCCAACUUUAUAAUGCAAUAAUUUGCUUCCCCGUGGUCGACGAAUACUUGACUGGGAAUUUCGUUUUAAAUUUGAUGCACUUCUCGACUUGCAUCGUCCAAUCCGAUGAAACUGCUAGCUGCUAUGCGCUUUGCCUCCUGGUCGAACGACCAAACCGCACACACCCAUAACGAUUGGAUCGAUGAGUCGAGUGACAUCUGAGAAAGGAUUGGGGUAGUCAUCUCAACAGAUCGAGACCGCUGGCCGAUGAUCUUAAUUUAUGCUUACGACGAAACGCCUUGACGACGCCAUUUCCUGAAAGAAAAAAAAAAAAAAAAAAACAC